UGAACAAAAAAAGAUCCAUCUCUCUGCCUUGCAGCCUUUAGGACCUCACAGUCUGGACGGUUUAGUUAAACUUGAGCGCAACUUAAGGCGCACAUGUUCUGUCCGUUAAUUUGGGGCAGGCGAAUGAAUUAAAAGUAUGGUUUUGAAGGAAUGAAACACCCAAACCUUUUACCUGACAUUUCAAGGAAUUUAUUUCUUUAACAAACAGUUCCUGGUUGAAGAGAAGAUCUUAAGUCUUAGAUAUGGAUCCAGAACGACAGAAGCGUAAGGAAGAAAUUCAGAAAGCUUUGGGAUUCAUUCAGUCAUCUUUGCCUUUCCCUGAACCUGAAGGAUAUGAGGCAUUCCUGACUCAGCUAGUUUGUAAUUUGCUGGAUGAAGGUAAUGCAGUGUAUCGUGAUGGAGAGUGGAGACAGGCAGCAGUCCAUUAUGGCGAGGGUGUGAAUGUAGCUCGCUAUGCUCAGUCUGAAGCACUGGUCAUUCCUCCUGAGUUGUUAGAGAGUCUUUAUGUGAACCGGGCAGCUGCACAUUAUAGUCUGGGAGAGUAUGAGCGAGGAGUGCAGGACUGUGACAGCGCACUGUGUGUGUCGGAGGGCAGUCGCAGGGCACUCUACAGAAAGGCACUUUGUCUGAGGGAGCUGGGCCGACUCAGAGAGGCUUAUGAGUGUGGCACUGGAUGCCUAUUAACUGCUCCUCACGACAGGCAAGUCAGUGAGCUUGCUCAGGAUCUAGCUAACAAACUUGGUUUGAAAAUACGCAAAGCAUAUGUCAGCCCUCAGCUUGAUUCUACAACAUCUGGGGGAGACAGCAAUGGAGAAACUAAUUCUCAUACAGGGGAGACCUCCUCAAAUGGUCUUGAGUCUUUGACUGAUAUUGGAUCAGACUUAACAAGUGCCCAAUGCAUCCCUGCCCCUCUGGCCACACCAAUCCCAGUCAGCGAUGACCCACAGAUUCCCUCACAGAACCCUGUUGUGCCCCAAGACAUGCCAGAAAGCCCAAGUCAGGAGCCGUCAGGGCGGGUGCCAUACUCUGUGCCUGUAUCUGAACACAUGGGAGAAUGUGUGAUGAAUGAGGACACCUCGUGUCUGGAUACCUUGCUGGAAAGUAUUCCCAAAGGAGCUGAGGUCAGCGUGAACCCAGUUCAGGGGGCCAUUCCCACUAACCUACCAAACACUGCUGUGGGUUUGAGACCCCCAUACUCUCCGGGCCUCCCAGCCUCCUCGGGUCAGCUGACGACUCCAUUUUUCAACUCUGCUGUCAGUCCGCUUCCCCCACUGGAGCCCUUCUCAGUGCUAGGUCAAAGUGAAGCCUCUUCCCAGACGAUGGACACCCUUGGCUCCUUCAGCUCUGGGGCUGGAGACACUGCAGGGAAGGGCGGGUCUGGAUCACUGAGCACAGGAGGACUGGAUUCCCUCUCUGAGUACACACUUCCUGGUGGACGAAUUUCUCACAGUUUCAUCCCCAGUUUGCGUAAUCAUAAUGCUGCCAGUCCACAGAAUGGCCCAGUUGGUACCAACCUUUCUCUGCUGUCACGAAACCCUUUGGCUGCAACACACGAGUUCAGACAGGCCUGUAAUGCUUGCUACAGUCGCAUAGGGCCUCGGGUCAUGGACUACCAUUAUCAGCCUGAUGCAGCGCAUCGCUGCAAGAGAGAUGUGCUGCUCUGUCGCCUCAAAUCCUCAGACGACCCCACCUGGAAAAGGGUGCGACCCCGUCCAGCUCGUAAUAACUUUCUUGGGGCGUUUGUUCUCUGCAAAGAGGUACAAGAGCGUCAGGAGUGCCAGUAUGGUGAAAACUGCACUUUUGCCUAUUGCCAGGAGGAGAUAGAUGUGUGGACCCAAGAGAGGAAGGGAGCUCUAAGUCGUGAGCUUCUAUUUGACCCUCUGGGCACCAAUGAACGAAGGGCCCUCAGUGUCACCCGUCUCCUUCAGCUCCAUAUGGGCAUGUUUAUGUUCCUCUGUGAGGAAUGUUUUGACAGUAAGCCUCGUAUCAUUAGCAAGCGAAGCAAAGAGAAUCUCGCUGUGUGCUCCAACCUCACUGCACGACAUCCCUUUGACGAUAACAAGUGCCUGGUGCACGUGGUUCGCUCAGCAAACGUGCGCUACAGUAAAGUACGCCCUCUUCACCCACUCUGCCAGUUUGACGUGUGCCGCCAUGAGGUGCGAUAUGGCUGCCAGCGGGAGGACAGUUGCUCCUUUGCACAUUCAGUCAUAGAACUCAAAUGUUGGGUGCUUCAGCAGGACACAGGCAUUACCCAUGAGGAGAUGGUGCAGGAGUCAAAGAGACACUGGCACCGAUUGGAACAGAAUGCACAGAGACAGAAGCCCAUGCUCGGGCCACACCAGCCCAGCGGGAGCAGCAGUAACAGCAGUGCUGUCAGCGGCAGCGCUGUGGUCUCUGGAGGGGUGGGAGGAGACUGCAUCGGUGGCGGAAGCACAGGGGGAGGAGGUGGAGGAGGACUUGUAGGAUGCGGUCGAGGGCGCGGCCUGAAUCUGAAGAUGAAGUUUGUGUGUGGACAGUGUUGGAGGGAGGGCCAGGUCAAUGAGCCAGACAAGUCUUUGAAGUACUGCACUGCCAAAGCCAGGCACAGCUGGACAAAAGAGCGCAGGGUGUUGCUAGUGAAAUCGUUUGAGAAGAAAAAGUGGGUGGUAGUGCGGCCGCUGCCUUUUUCCCGUACCUAUCCCCAACAAUAUGAUAUGUGUGUUCAUGUCAUGAAACAGAAGAAGUGCCACUAUAUUGGGAACUGUUCUUUUGCACACAGUUUGGAGGAGAGGGAUGUGUGGACCUAUAUGAAAAACAACAGCUUGAGAGACAUGCAACAGAUGUACGAGAUGUGGCUAUCAUUGACCAAUCAGAACCGGCGUGCAGAUGGCACCCUCAUGACUCCACCCCCAGAGGAAAAACAAAUCGCCAUGCCAACUGACUAUUCUGAGUCAAUGGUUGGGCGACGGAUGUCUGGUGGUGGAGGGGAUCUGUGACCUGGGCCGAGAGUGUGCAGUUACAGGCGGUCUGGAUGAGUCUUCCUGUUCAGAUAUCAGCUUCUAAGGCCCUUCCCCACUCUUUCAGUGCCACUCUGGGAAGUACGAAGCUCUGUUGCCCUUCAAGGCAAGAGCGCCUGACUAUAGGACUAACACAGUGAUUGUUGCCACAUACACACACCACAUGCUAUUUCACUCAUUAUCAAACACAUGCGCCCACUCACUGACAUGACACUUGGCACAGGCUCGUAGGGUGUCAUGUAUGUGAGUGCACACUGGUACUUAUACAGCUAACUCAAGUAAGGGCAGUUUUUACGUUCCUUAAACACAUUUAUGAGGAGUUGAUUAUCUGUUUCCACAGUGCUUUUUAAACUCAAACCCAAAACUGACUGGUUCUCCCUGUAUCAAAUCAAAGCACCUGUCAUGAAGGCCACUCAUGUUUCAGUCAAGUAUGUGGUGUCAGAUGGCAGAUUGAUUUUUGUCUGAAGUUAUGAAGUGGUGCUUAACUCUGUGUUCCUGCCAUAUUGGUAGAAGAGUUUGAAUGUACAGCCAAAAGUGGCCAUUUACAAGAAAUUUGAGAUUUGUUCAGAUGUCGAAUGUAUUUGAUACACCAAGGCAAUUAAUUAUGGACUAAGUAAGUAAAAACAACCCCAACUACACCCGUGUGGAUGCUUGCAUAAUGCCAGUCACAGACCUUGCACUGACAUGCACUCAUUUCCUCAUUCUUUUGGAUUGCACUGUGUGACAGUUUGGCAGUGCUUGAUAAAGAGUAGGAUAGAAUGCACAUGAGGGCUGUUUGCAGUCUGGAGUGAUCUGACAAUUUGGAUUGAAACACUUUUUGUUUUGUUUUUGCAUUGAGUGAUUGAUGGUUGAAAUAUGCUCCCGUGUUUGUCUCGUUCGAGCUAUUAGAUUGGGAUUUUAAGUGCGUAAUCUAUAAAACCUAAACAUGCUACUUGGAAACUCCUGUUCGCCACAGUUCAACACGGGCUAGUUGCUAAUUCGUUUAAAGUUUCAUAUUAGGAGCAUGAACGGAGACACAUUAGCAGGAAAAUAGGCAAAAGAGUUCUACUUGCCCUGCCUAUGCCUAGUUGUAUUCAAAAUAUACUGUUAAGACAUGCAGUGCUACCCUUAGUAUGCCUUGUCCUUACUUUCAGUGGACAUGAUAUAUAUAUAAAUAUAUAUACACAAACACACACACAAAUAUAUCUACUAUAUUGGCAUACUACUAAUGAUUAUUGAUAACUUAGCAGUUAAGCUUAAUUAAGUAUAACCUUACCUUGUAUUGAUUACAUAGAACUUCUUGUUAUUAAGCUAUGCUAUAUGACAUGUAUUGCUGAUUAGAUGGUUAGUGUUUUUUUUUCUUAUGAGUCACUACAGAAGUGUCUGUUUUGUGAGGUCUAGAUGAGAAUCUGCUGCCCCAAACUGCCUAUAAAUUCCUGAAAAUGGUUUGUUGUUUAAAAAAAAGAGAGAAAAGAAUCAAGUUUGUACCUUGUUGCAUUGAACUUCAGGGGUUUAAAUGACAUGUGAAGGAGCAGAUUUGGGCCUGGUAGCAGAUUCCAGCUGGUGUGGAGAUUGAGAGGGACGUUCUGGAGUGACCUAGUACGCUUUACCGAGGGAUCAUAUUAUUACUACUGCUAUUAUUAUGAUGAUGACAUUGAUGAUAUUGAUUGUCAUUAUGACUACUUCUAUCUUCCUAUAUGCUAUUGAUAUAUGUAUAUGUUAAUUGCUAUGUAUAACACUUUAAAUAUAUGUAUCCAUGUAUGAAUAUAAUACUUAACAGUGAAUUAUGUCCAUGUAUGCUUAGGUGAGCUGUCCAGAAUAGAGGAAUUGAGAUCCUAGGGUUGUUAUCUGUCUUUUUUCUUCAACCUAAACACAAUGAAAAGCAAGCGACACCAUUAACAUAUAGUGUGUCAUGCUUUUGCUGGUUUAGUUAGUUUUCUGAAACUUUGGAUCUCUUUUAAGAGGGUUUAUAAAGUGGUUGUAGUAAAGAGACAUCUUUAAAAAAAAAAAACUACAUGCCUUAGCAAAUUCCCUCUGCACCAUAUUCCUGAUUGUUUUAUUAGAUUCUCACAGCGCUAUACUGUGCCGGAACACAAAGCAUACAUGGAUAUUUAUGUUUGUCUGCAUAGCGCCUUAUACAUUUAUAUACGAUUAUAAAUACCUUAACAAAUAAUCCUACUCUUUCAGUAUAAUGAUAUAUAUACACCGUUAGGCAACUUGUUUAAGGAAAUAGGGGAGGGAAGUGUAUCGUAAUUGUUCUCUGACAAUGGUUUUGCACGUAACUCGCGUUUAAAAUAUUCUGAGGAGCAUGAUCAUGCUAGAUCAUGGCAGAGCUGAGGUAGUGUGCAUAACCGUAGAGAUAAAGAGGAACACAACCUGAGAACAAUGAGGCUCUGUUAACAGUCUCUCUUGCUCAAAUAUGGGAUGGAGUUGGCAAUCAUUCAUAUUCAUAUUCAUAUCAAAGGGUUAGUACUGCUGGCCAUUGAUUAUCUGAAGGCUGCAGUAAUGGUCAUCCUCAUUUUCCACUUGAGUUUAUUUUAUCACAGAACUGGAACGUUCUGGGCUUUCUGGAUGGAAACCAAGGAAGAUUGCCCAUUUUAAAAUGACCUUUGUUUUUCAUACUUUCUGGAUGGAGUAUAAAACAGAAAUAUGUUCAUCACAAUCCAUGUUCAGCCUAAAAAGACAAUAUGGGAUUUAGCAAAUGUUGGAUUAUAUUGGUUGAGACAUUUCUGUUAAGAUGGCUUUAUUUUUCACCUGCAUAGAUAACCAGUAAAAAUCAGGGGUUUGAAAAAAUGAAAAGGUAAAACAACAAUGCCUCUUUUUGUACUGUAUUUUUACAUUUGUUUGUUUGGUUUCUCCUUUUUCUCCCUGGUUGGAAGUGAUAUAUUGAUCACAGUGGACCAAAUCUCAUGAAAGUGUUUAACAAUAAAUAGACUGUUUUAGAAAA